AUGGCAGUCAACGGACAUGAUUGUUCAAUGACACCAACAGCACUCCUGGCACAAGUGUUCGAGCUGGCUGAUGGUUCGGAUCACACCCCUGAGACAACCAAUAGCACCCUGUUUCGAAAAUUGCUGCGGAAGUACUUCAGCGAUGAAGCCGGGAGUCUCCGCAGCGGCGACAUGAUCCACCGAGCUUGCGGCGAGCUCUGGAGCAGACUUGCCGAGAUGGAGGGCCGCGCUCCGGACGGCUGGGCGAGCAUCGUGGUGACGAGCCUCUUCCUCCUCACCGCAAAGGAUUGCACAGAGGAGCUAGUGAUGCACAUGUGGCGAAUUGUUGCGCACCCGGCAGAAGAAAAGUACGACAACGGACCCGGACGAAAACUUAUGAGGCAAGCUGCGGUGGCUGGCGGAACGGCGGAGCAUGGGGCACGGAGCCUACACGUAGCUCUCAUGAGCCUUGUUGUCGACACCCUCCGGCGUAACGGAUGCCCCCCGGAACCCGAUUCGUUGCGAUCAAGCGGCAGCAGCGUGGCGCGGGGAGGAACGGAAGAAGAGAACGAGGGAUCCCUUGUCCCCUCGCCGUGCGGGCUACGGCUGGCGCUUGACGUGGCGUCGCAUACCCUCGGAACGUUUCUCCACCACGAGGACGGCGAGGGAAGAUGUGUCCCUCCCGAAGUCAGUGCAGAGGUGUUCGAAGCUUGGCGAAGGGACGUCCACCUGGAGGUUGUUCGUCUUGUGCGCUCCUGCCGGUUGGAGAAUAUCAACGAGCUGGUGCUAUCGAUCGCGAGGCCGCUAUACCAGGGCUGGGGGGACGUCGGAGCGCUCGAGGAUGUGUGGUCCUUGAUAGCCAGCUCUGGAGAGGAGAAUGUCGAGCUGUACCUUGCGCUGCUGUGCAUUCUUGGCGAAGACCUACGCCCCGUCCUCGACGUCCCCAAGGUUUUCGGCCUGAUCUACUCGGGAGUGUCGACCGAGUCCGCCCUUUGCCGAAGAAGGGGGCUCCAUGUUCUGCAGCAAGUCCUCGCUUGGGCCGACGACGAUUUUGCCGGCGCCGCCGCGAUUGACGUCGGCGGGGGCGGCGAGGGCGAAAGAGGAGAAGGACUGACUGCACAGCCGCUAGAUCCGUCUCCCCCGCGUAGAUUAUCGCCGUCGGGGCAAACGUUCUCAAGGGAAGCAUUGCUGCAGUGGAAGGACUACGUGAGGUGCCUGCAAGUGUUGUGCGAAGAGACGGAGCUACAUCUCGUGGAUCAGGUGGUACCGACCUUGGAGCGCUUGUGCAGCAAUCUGAGCCCGCCCCCCACAUCGUCAGCCGACGCCACCGACGCCUCCCCGAAGGCGACGGAGUUCCGCUCUGCGGGCAAGGCAACCCUCCUCGACUUCUCGGAGUCGGUGACCGACUUCCUCCGCGCCUACGUUGCCGCCCUCCCGGCCCCGAGAGUGACGUCAUUCCUCGCGCUGCUGCUGGAAGCAAUCAGGCGGCGGGCGGUCGGGUCGAUAGGCGCGCUGUGUUCCUUCCUCGCGGCGUUCGACCAGGGGGGGGCGAGCGUGCCGGCGAUGGGGCGCGAGCUGCUCUACCAGCUGAAGGAGACGCUGCUGGUGGUACUCCCACCGCUCAAUCAGGCGAAGCGCGUGCUGUUCUUGGACGGGGUUGUCCGCCUUCUGGUGGACUACACCGACUUCGAGGAGCUGGCCGUGUGCUACUCUCAGCCCUCCCUCUGCCCUUCGCUCGGUCUGGUAACCUCCGUCCUCUCGGCUCUCCCGCUGGAGCUCGCUCGCGACCGGUAUCUGCCGCUGCUCGCGACUUGGGUGGGGCGCUUACCUCUUGGGCCUGACGCCGGCACCCCCCUAGUGGUGGCAUCCGUGCAACACGGGGCCGCCCCCCUCCUCGGGUUGUUUACGAGGCGAUUGGAGGCGUUUCUCGGGAGGAGCCGCUCGACUAGCCCGGGCGGCGGCGGCGACGGCGGGCCGGGGGGCUGCUAUAGCGGUGUCGCGGAGGGGAGGAGCCUUUGCCUGCUUGGCCUCGUGCUGUCCGAGGGCUUGGUGCUUCGAGAGGACCGUGACGAGAUUCUCGCGGGCGGGUUGUCGCCCCUGGUCCGAGUCCUCCGGAAGUGCUGGCACGAGCCCUACGUCUCCCCCGAGACCGUCGAGGCGGCGCUCGUCGUCUUCGGCGCCUGGGCGGCGGUUAGCGACGACACCGGCAGGGACUACGAGGGGGAGGCCGGGGAGGAAGACGGGGUCGGCGACGGCGGCGGCGGCGGCGGCGGUGGCGGCGUGGGGCCGCGAGGGGGGUGGUGGAGAUGGAGGCCGCUGGAGGCAACGGUCAGCGAGGUCGUGACCCUAGUCGCGGCCCGGCUGGUUUCGCUGAUGGAGGAAGGGCAGGAGGAGGCCGUCACCGCCUUCACAAGCUCGCAGCGGUCGUGCGAAGCAAGCGGCGGCGGGGACGGUGGCCGGGCGUCGGAUGAGUCCGCCACGGGCCGAGAUGCCCAGGUUCUUCUCAUGGCGCUCGACGCCGCCGCCGCCGCCGCCGCCGCCGCCGCUCCUUGGGGGCUCCGCGGAUAUCACCACCAAGCACCCCCCCGCGCCUCUGCGGGUCCGGCCUCCUCGUUCUCUUCGCACCCUAGCGUGGUUGCCCUCGGAGGCAAAUGUGUGUCGCUCUUGUCUGCGGGCGGAGGGGGCAGUGUUCGCCUGCCGCCAACAACGCAUCUAUUGGCGAUCGCGUCCCUCGAAGUCAUCGUCCGAGCUCGCGGAGGCGGCGGCGGCGGCGGCGGCGCUGGUGGCGGAGGUCUCCCCGCGGCCGGGUGGGACGAAGCGCGGUGCAAGGAGGUGGCGCUUUCUCUGCUCCUGAACAAGGUCGAGGGCCGCGUUACGUCUAGCUCGACUGGGAAAGGCUCCAACUCUGAGUGGGGCAACAUCUUGAAGCAGCACGAGCUGCGGAAGUGGAGCUGCCUCUCGGCGCUGCUACCGGUCGUGUUCGGCGAGUCGGGGGCCACGGCCGACCAGGGACCCUCUGUUCCAGCAGCGGCAGUGUGCGACGCGCUAGUGGAGGGGGUCCGGACGAGCUCUCGAGAGGAAAUGCCCCUGGCUAUGGCGUGCUUUCGGACGGUGUUCCCCGUGUACGUGCAGGCUUUGCCGGGGGCAGAGCGGGCGGCGGCCUUCGAACGCAUCUUCGAGGUGGUGUGGGGCGUGUUCAAGGAGGUCCGUCGGCCGCAGCUGCCGCUAGUCCGGAACUUGGUUUCGGCCGUCCUGCACCCCUCGCUCCUGGCGGUGCCGGAGCUCACCGGUCUCGCGCCGCCCGCCGCCGCAGCCCCAGCCGCAGCCCCAGCCGCGCAAGGGUCUGGUUGCGCCGCCCAAGCACGCCCGCCGGAGGGAUCGCCGUCGUCAUCCCCAUCGUCGUCGUCGUCAUCAUGCGUGGUGGAGGCGUUUUCGGCGAUCCUCGAGUUUGGUGCCAGCAACAACAAGUCCAACGUCCUGCGUGCGGUUGUCGGGAUGCUGACGGUGCACGGAAGACAGAGUCCAGGAAGUCUGAUCAAUCUAGUGCCCGGGCUGGUUGAACUCCUGCUAUUCAAGGAGCGGGGACAGGGGAUAGAGAACCUCUCCAACGGCGAAGGGAGCAGCGCCGCCGUCGCAGCGGAAGCCCCGCGUUUCAUGCUCCUCCUCUUCGUCGAGAAGUCGCUCAUCGCAUCCGCCGCGAUUGGCGACCAGGGCGCUAGGGCGGUGCUGGGCGCUAUAACCGUCCGCCUGAUGGAGGUGCUGUCGAGCAAGGAGGCGAGGCAGGCCGGCAUCACCGACCCGGUCGCCUACGGCCGCAAGCUGCGGGCGUGGCAGGCUCUGUGUGUUCUGUGCGGCUACUUCUGCGACAAGGCUUCGUCGGAUGGAGACGGCCACGCGCGCGCAAAGCUUGCCAAGGCCAUCUCAGAGUGGUUCUGGCCGGUCCACGGACGCACUGCGCUCCCGCCGGUCCGGCAGCACAUGGAGGUCUUCGCAGUGAGGAUGUGCAGGGCGUACCCGGACCUGUUCUUGACAGCUGUGGUAAAGGAGCUCAAAGAUUUUCGCCUUCCUGGCCAAGUCCUGUGCAGCCUCCUGAUCAUCGCAGGGCACACGCUCCUCGGAAACGAAAGCGGUCUGUCUGCGCGGCACCGUGUACCCAUGUUCCGGGCGUGUCUCCCGUGGGUGGUAGGGACUCACGUGAUGGGGAGGCUGAUAGCCCAGCUCUUCUGCCACUCCGUCCUGCCCGAGUUCGCUGCUACUGCUUCUGCUGCUGGGGGGGGGGGAGACAGUGGUAACGGUGUUGGUGGUGGUGCGACGAGGAUCGUCCACGGGGAGUACCACCUACAGGCGCUGUUCGAUUUCCUGCACGAUAAUCCGGAGAUGAUAAAAAUGAGACGGCGGCAGCUAGAGGCCUUCGGCCAAACCGACUGCGAGGCGUUGUGCACCGUGGAAGGGAUGCUCGAGGCCCACGGCACCGGAGCCGCGGGCGAAAUCACCCCUACCCACAUGUGCGAGCUGUUCAAAGAGACCAUGGACGAGAUCUGGAACGAAGCGCUCGUUGACAAGGUCCAGGUCCUAGAGGACGGACGGGCGUGGCUGCAGACUGCGGCUGCGGUUAACAGCGGGGCGUGGUUCGAGGAAGAGGGAGGACGAGCAGGAGCAGGAGCAGCAGGUGGAGGAGGCGAGGAGGCUGAGCUUUCUCUCAAGAGCGGCGGCGGUGGCGGUGGGGACAGCAGCCACAUACAGCAGAAGAUCAUCCCGUGGGAUACUCUGGACCUGACGGUCGCGUCCGCGACCUCAGCGUCCUUGGAGCAAUCCACCGCUGCGGGCAGGGUCAGGCAGCCGGUGGUCAUGUGCGCCUCUCUCGUUGAUAAGAUGAAGUUCCACCGACACCUGGCCUACACCCUGGUUCUCGGCCGGGAGAACUCGGGGUUGCCCCUGGACGUGAUCGGCGAGAUGGACGUGUGCUGCCAGAUCCCGCAGCAGGGUGUGCUCCGCUCGCUGAACGCCCACGUCUCGGGAGCGAUCAUCUUGGCCGAGUACUCUCGCCAGAUGUUGGUGGAUUCUUAG